AAGCAGAAUUGGAAUAUUUUCCAUCUUUGGAAUGAUGCUGAGGUUUGAGGCUGACCCAUCCAUGUGUUUUCCAUCUCCACCGUACAAGAAGGGUUUUAGUCUUAACUGCACUCUUGGGCUGUUAGUCAAGAUUUUUCACUAAUUAAAAUGGGCAGUGCAGCAAUUAAAAUGUUGUCCUGUGUGCAGUGAAUUUAAAGCAAAGAUAUUCAGUAAAACAAUCUAUGACUGAAGUCCUAGGAAUAACAGAAAGCAGAAGGUUAGCAGAAGGUUAGCAGAAAAUUAAAGAGUAGUUCAGGGAUCCAGAAAGAGUUUCUGCCUCCUGAACCCUCAAUAUUGCAGUGUGUGAGCUCAGCACAGUUAUUUGUGGGAUUUAGUCUCAGAGCAUCCCUGUGAGGAAAGGCCGUACUGACACCGUACCCAGUGAAAAUGCAGGCCUGGUGGAGUAGGUUAAGGUAGAUAUGCGCCUUUAAUGUGCGAGAGGACAAGACCUACGAACCCCAUAGGGGCUCAGCUGCUCGCAGUGCUCAAGGUGACUAGUUAUGCCUGUAAGGCAGCGCAGACAUACCUGUCAUGGUUUGGCCAAGAUUAGGGUUGGGCCAAGGGUUAGGGUUAGCGUUGCCGACCCUAUGUUGCUAACUAUGGGGAAAACCUCUUGGUCAGGCCUCCGGGCUGGCUCGCUUUGCAGCUGACGGAUGCAGAGACACAGGAAAGGAGCCAGUUUCCUUUGUUUGCAGAACAAUUAAGCUACUUUUGCAGAUAUUCUGGGAUUUCUUAUCAUUUCUAUUACCCACAUUUGUUGUUUUAUAUGAUAGUGUUAAAAUUCAAGUGCGUGGGGUCAUUAAAAAGCUCUGCUUGAGUAAAUACACCUCAUACAUAAACUUCCUACUUUGAACUUUAAGAUUAAACUCAAUCAUGAACUAUCAAAAAAAAAAAAAAAGAGAGAGAGAGAAGAUACCAAUCAAGGUGCUCUCUCUAGCUGUAAUAAUGUCAAGAAAAUAUAUUUGAAUAAGAAGCUGCACACAGGAAGAAAGAAUCACUUCAUUUAACACGUUGAACUGGAACUAAUGGCUUCUGCACUUCCCUAGCAGUGUCUCAAAAACCCUGCAUGGAAGGAACUUAGCUUUUUUUGCUGGCAUGGACACUGGGAAUGCCAGGUGUUGCUGGAAAAUUAGAACUUUGGAUGCAGGUUGUUAAUAGCAGGCAAAAAAUGUGUAAAUAAAAAGCUUGUUGGAUUAUGUUUAAGGCAGGGUACUUCCAAGGUCAGUGUAGAGCAAAAAUAUACUGUUCAGUCCUACGUUCUGGCUUGGACUGAACUUGGUAGUAAUGAUACAACAAUGUCCUUAGUGCAAUAGCAUCGUCUAGUAUUUACGCCUGGGCCCAGCCAGUGCAGGAGGCAUUAAAGGGUUUGUAUCGCUAGUUCAGUUUAGGAAGAAGGGCGCACACAUACAAAAGGGUCUGAACGAUGGGAAUGCUUGAAUUGGGUGCAAGAAGUUAGACAUUUUCAUUAGACUUUUUCUUCCUGCUUUAGGGCUGGCAGAAAUACCUGAGCACUGCCCUUUUGUUAAUAUUUUAACAUUGUCUUUCUACUCAGAAAUGCAGAGGAAAAGAAAAGGCACAGAAGAAUCAAACAGUCUUUUUAAACCUUGGCUAGAGGCAGCUUGAGUCACAGGAAGUUUUUAUGAUGUUUAAAUAGUCCUCCUUCAGUAACGUGUAUUCUAAUUUUACAAUGAAGACAAACAACCAUCAGCCAUCAUCGUCAUAUUCACCCUGAGCCAAAACCCAUUGAAAUUAAUUGCCUUUUCAUCAGGUUUGGACAUCUCAUUUCAUGGUUCAUAAAUUUUCAUUUUGUUUGCCAAAAUAUUGUUAAAGGCAGAUAUACCCAGUUAGCACAGGCAGAAUUUCUACUUCCUUGAUAUCAGAUUAAAUUUACAUUUUGUUGUUGUUUUUUGUCCUGAUUCUGCUUCCAGAGGCUGUGGGCUGUGCUACAUUUCAUGGUUUUGAAGUGGGGAGGCUUGUUAUUGGAACACAAACAGUUCACCUUAGAAUUGUCUAUUGUAACCAAAUUGGCUGAGAAACAGCAUCAAAAAGCUUUUUAGUGAAAAUCUGAUGGCCCAUUUUAAUGGUGAGGAUGCAUCCAUGUCAGAGCUCACAGACAAGUCUGCUUUGCUGUCAGAUAGCAAGCAUAAAGGAAUUAGCAGCAAAAUCUCCAGUUGACAAGAAGUUUCUGGUAGGUGGGAGCUCCUCAAAGGGCAGAUAACAGCUCCCUAUGCCUUUCCAUAUCUUAUUUCUGAAAAUCAGUGUUUGACAUGAGAGCUAGGCCCAAACCUAAAGGGCAGGACCUGAACGCCUGAUGCCUGGGAAAGUUCAGAGACCUAGAGUGCUCUCUUGUAACACUGUGCAGCCAGACACUCAGCCUUCUAGCGAACUUCCUGCUUCGCAAACAUUUCACAAAAGGUUCAGAAACGUCAAAAUUUCCUCUUUUUUACAUAUUGCAGCAAGCUUUUCAGCUGAAACAUUUCAAACUCAUCAAUUGUUUAUCAAGUAUUUCAAAAUGAAUCCAAGCUAGAAAAGAGUCAAAGAAGCUGCAUGGGGGGGAAAAAAAAAACUGAGAGAGAGGGCUAAGAUUAUCUUCUGGUCCUCAGGUGAAACAUUUACGGACUCCAAAGUUUCUGAAGACAGGAGACCAGUUUUCCUCCCAGCCAUUCCAUUAAGAUGUCUGUGUGCUUGUCAUCUCUGGGUUUUUCUUCCUGACAGGAAAAACAAGAGUUCUGAGAUGAACCAGGCUGUGAUUUGCAGGCUCCUGGUAUGGAAAGCAAAGAGAAUGAUUUAUACUUCCAGUUUUGAUCGGUUGCUUUCAGGAUGUUCGUGUCUGUCACUUGCAAGGUAUCAUGAAGGAUGACCAAGCAGGAACGUACUCAGCUUUGCAGUCUCAGGGCAUUCAGUGCGGUACUAAUGCAUCAUUUUAGGCACUAACGAGCAUGUCAGAUUGGUGUGUGAAAGAGGAUGGAUGUCCCUCCGGUGCAGGAAUCUAAGCGAUGUUCAGAAGAGACAGCCUCCCAGAUCUGUACUCUCCGGAAGGAGGCUGAUGAGGAGCUAGCGGAAAACUCUCCUCCUGUUCACCACCUGAAAUAUUUUCUGUCUGUUCAUUCCAUGCACUGGUCAGGGUCUUUGGAGCUUGCCAGUAACAGUUGAAAAUGUAAUAGUAGAACUCAAGAACUGGUGUUUGUGCAGAGCAAAUCCCAGCUCAGUCUUUGUUUGUUGUAGCUAUUUGGCUUUCCCACUGCACAUUGGAAAAUACAAAUAGGAAGUGUACACAGAAAUUCUCCUAGAAACAGCAAAUGGAUAUGGCCACGAACUACUUGGCUAGGUCACCUUGGAAAGCAGUUACCAGUGAAAGACAGAGAAACUAUUCAAAGAGCUGGCUUAGCUGAAGGAAGAUGAGUGCUCUAUUUCUUGUAAUCUUGGUGUCCACUGCAAAUGUUGGUGCCUUGCUGGAAGAGGGACUGCCGAGACGGGAGCCUCGGCGCCUGUCGUGCGUGCGGUGCUGCCGGCCUUCGGAACAGCCUGUCCCCAUCGCCUCCUCACGGUACACGAGGAUGAGCAAUGACCCUGCCUAUUCGCUUCCCAAAGUCCAGCCCACAAUAGAUAUCACCAUCCUCAAAGGUGAGAAGGGUGAAAUGGGAGAAAAGGGGUACCCUGGAGCAGUGGGAAAGGAAGGAGAGAGAGGCCUUCGUGGCUUUAAUGGACGAAAGGGCCAGAAAGGCCAGCCUGGCCCACAAGGCCAUUCCUGUAAGCAGCUCUAUGCUGCUUUUUCAGUGGGUCGGAGAAAACCCCUUCAUAGCUCAGACUACUUCCAGCACGUCAUUUUUGACACAGAGUUCGUGAACCUCUACAAGCACUUCAACAUGUUCUCGGGGAAGUUCUUUUGCUAUGUGCCAGGAGUCUACUACUUCAGCCUCAACGUUCACACCUGGAACUUCAAGGAGACCUAUCUGCACCUGAUGAAGAACGAGAAAGAGAUGGCCAUCCUCUAUGCCCAGCCCAGUGAUCGGAGCAUCAUGCAAAGCCAGAGCCUGAUGCUGGACCUGCAGGAAGGGGAGGAGGUCUGGGUGCGGAUGUUCAAGCGAGAGCGAGAAAACGCCAUCUAUAGCGAGGAGUCUGAUGUUUACAUCAUCUUCAAUGGCCAUCUAAUCAAGCCAGCUGUAGAGUAGCCGUUCUUCAGCUUUAGGCUCCAAGCUUUGGUAGGGGUUUUGUCAGAUGCAUUACUGUUUUCUCUCUUAGAAGUGCACAUGUCUAGCUCCACUUGGAAAGAUUAUGGCUGGCAGGGUCUUGGCCUGCGGAUGGGGUUGUCUGUAUAGGCCAAGAAGAAGGUUCCUGUGUGGAUGGAGGGGGUGGUGUAUCGAGGUGAUUGAAAUUGUGCGAGCACAGAGGAGGCUUUAGCUGUUAUGUGCCCCUGCAGAUGAAGUACACAGAAGGCCCCAGUCUACAGCCCUGUAUAGACUCCCAGUAACAUCUCUGGCUGAACAGUCUGCCAAGUCAGUAGCAAAAAAAGUAACCUCUUUGCUCUGCUUUAAAGACGACAUUUUAAUUAGAUCUAAGGACCACCUUCAGAUACCAGUUAUCUGGGUGCUAGUUAAGGAAUGUAAUUACUCCUACAACAUUACUAAGGUAUCUUUGCAACGUGCAGUAACUGCUAAUAGAAUGUCCACACUGCCAUCGCUUACACCAACUUUGCUCCACUCAGGGAGGGCAAGAAUACAGCACUGUUAAGAAGAAUAUUUUGCACAGUACAUUUACUCUAAAUUAUGUUUUUGUUCCAUUUCAUGUUCUGAGAACACAAUAUGAGAAUAAGUAACAACAUACUGAUCUGGCAAAGCUUUUUCAGAGGCACAUAGUUUCAAGCACAGGUGUUGCCGCAUGCAAUAACUUUGCUAGACUGCUUUAUUCUUAACAAUGCUUCUUUCACAAGAACAUCCAGCAUGGGUGGAAACCUGUAUUUUCCAUUUCAAUGGAAACUGUGGGGCCUACUGUAGGAUCUGAUUUAUGAGUGCUCAUUGCCGAGUGGGAAUUUAAGGACAUCAGCAUGUCUGAAAGCUACUAUCUUAUAGCACCCUCAUUUCUAGAAACUGGAGAAGAAAAUCAGGAAGAAAAAAUAUUUUAUUGCGAGCUGAUUUUUAUUUUUUGUAAAAUUUACUAAUGUAACAGUGGAAAGGUACAUGCAGCAGCAAGAAGCCUUGUUAUCAGCAUUCAUUUCUUCCCCAUUCCCCCAGUCUCUUGUUUGCGUUGUGAAACAUUUGUGUGAAGGACAGAGCAAAAGGUCUUGCUAUGCAAAUUGCUUCACUGCUGUACCUCCUCUAUCCACAGCUGUUUAGAAAAGUAGCUAAAAUAAAGAUACUGC